GAAAUAUGAAAAUAUAAUAAUUAUAUACGAUAAAUGCAUAUUUUCGCGAUGAAUUCAAAGAUUUUAUUAGAAAAGCUUAUAAAUUUAUAUUGUUUUCGAUUCAAGGCAUAGUGAAAAAAGUAAAAUCGAAUUAUUUACGUAGAACAAUAAUGUACGUAAUCAUUAAGUUUAUUAAAUUUGUGGAUCAUGCAUGGCUACAACUUGACUGAGUACUCCGCGGAAGUGAUAAACUAAUUGUUGAAUUUGGCAGAUUUAUGAAAAUUAUUGUUUAUAAGCCUGUGAUUAGCCGAUGUUCUAUGUUUAUAACUUGUUAGUGUACUUGUAGGCAGUGGCGUGUGCAGGAUAGAAAACAGUACCGGUGCAAAGUGAAAACUGUUUGUAAUUUCAAGCUUUCUUUUUAAAGUUCGAUGUUGUGAUUUGCCAUUUUAGUUCUUAUUGAAUGGUUGCAGGUGAAAAUAAAUUUUCAACAUGUUUUCAAAGAAAAAGAAGAAGCCUUUGAUUUCUCCACCGAGCAAUUUUGAGCAUAGAGUGCAUACAGGCUUUGAUAAGAGAGAGGGAAAAUUUGUGGGACUUCCAUUGCAAUGGGCUUCCUUAGUUGGCAGCAAUCAGAUUUUGAAAUCAACUAAUAGACCUCUUCCUUUAGUUGACCCAUCUGAGAUUACGCCAACUGAAAUACUAGAUUUAAAAACCAUAGUGAGAGGGGAACAUAGAUCUGCCUCCGUUGCCUCAAUGGUUCGUCCUCCGUCAACAAAUCCUAUAGUGAUUAAUACCCAACCAAUACAAAAUGGAGUUGUGUUACCAAAAACAUCAAAUGUUGCUAGAUCAAACUCUUUAAGAAGUACAAGUCCUCCACGUAUACGAAGAGAUUUACGGAAUCAAGCAAAUGUUCCGCCCGCUGUACCUGAAGAAUCACCACCGGUGCCUCCUGCACCACAGCAAUACCCUAGUUUAAGACGUGAGCAAAGUAAUUUUGCUUUAAAGAAAUCAAUACCUGAAUCGCCAGUGGAAUGGACGCAGGCGGGGCAAGAGGGGCUAGUGAGGGCAGGUGCUGAGCCGAAUGACAAUCAACAGACAACAAUAACAUACCAAAACAUUCAGAAUGCUAAUGUGCCGUAUCAACAUAAUCACCCACCUCAAGCCCAGCCCACACCACUUGCAAUGCAAGGCCUUAAUGGAAAUAAUGUUAGUAUGGCUGACACAUAUUCGUUGACAAGACAUCAACAUGUUAUGCCUCCUGGUGCACCAUCACAUUUGCCUCUGGCCGCAUCUAAACAUGAGUUGCGUUUAACUCAUGAACAAUUCAGGGCAGCUCUCCGGUUAGUUGUUAGUGAAGGUGACCCGAAGGCAACAUUGGUUGGUUUCAAUAAGAUCGGUGAGGGCAGCACUGGCUUUGUAUGUUCUGCUACGGACACAAGGACACGGAGACGUGUUGCUGUUAAGAUGAUGAACUUAUUGAAACAGCAACGAAGGGAAUUGUUGUUUAAUGAAGUGGUUAUAAUGAGAGAUUACCCGCACGCUAACAUAGUAGAGAUGCACGCUUCGUACUUAGUGGGCGAUGAGCUAUGGGUAGUUAUGGAGUACAUGGCCGGCGGGUCGCUCACAGACAUCGUGACCCGCUCCAGAAUGGACCCGGAACAGAUUGCGACGGUCUGCAAACAGUGCCUUAAGGCGUUGGCAUUUCUCCACGGUCAAGGUGUUAUACACAGAGACAUUAAAUCUGAUUCAAUACUGUUGACAGCAGAUGGUCGAGUCAAAUUAUCUGAUUUCGGAUUCUGUGCUCAAGUUUCGCAAGAGUUGCCAAAGCGGAAGUCCUUAGUGGGAACACCAUAUUGGAUGUCUCCAGAAGUGAUAUCAAGACUCCCGUACGGUCCGGAAGUGGAUGUCUGGUCACUGGGGAUAAUGCUCAUUGAGAUGGUUGACGGAGAGCCACCAUUCUUUAAUGAACCUCCAUUACAGGCGAUGCGUCGUAUCCGCGACAUGCCCCCGCCGAGACCGCGUGGUGCGGCGCGCUGUCCGCCCGACCUGCUGCAGCUGGUGGAGUGCGCGCUGGUGCGGGAUCCUGCGCAGCGUCAGUCCGCUGCCAGGUUGCUGCACCACCCCUUCCUGCGCCGAGCUGGUCCCCCAGCACUGCUCGUACCCCUCAUGCCGCCGCACCACCAAACAGCGACCCCCCACCAGUAAAUCCAGUUUUAGAUACCGUAACAUGAGAAUAGAUAUAAAACCAGAAUAGUUUUUACACUUUGGUAUUGAUUUGUCGUUAAGUACAUCACUUAUAUACCAAAAUAAUGUUACUGCACAGAUUAAAUAAUUUGAUGUGAACGAUUCUAUUCACCCCAUUUACAUGUUAGUAAAGUGUACUAAAACACUGUUAACUACCAUAGUUGAAUUCAGUGUCUUAUAAGUGCCCUUCAUAAAAUUUAGUAGGUAGUUGCAAAACAAACUUCUUUAUCACUCUGGAGAAUAGAACACUUUGCACUUAAAUCUGUCAAAUUAAAAGGUUUUUGGAUCAUCAGAUAUUUGA